AUGCCCAACGCCGAUCCCUCACCGUGCGUCAUGGGUAAAAGUGCGGCGUACCAACUCCUCGAACUCACGGUGCGUCCCGCGCGAUCGCCCCAACUCAUGACCGUGAUGCUUUGGUGGCAGGCCUACUUGUCCUCCUGUGGCGGCAUGUUCGGCCAGCCCGGCGCCAUGCCCCCAUCUUUUCCCCCCGGAGGCUGGGGCAUGCCGCCCCCGGGAAUGCAGCUGCCGCCGGGUAUGUUCCCACCGGCGCCGGGCGCCGAGGCGCUGUUCCCGGGCCUCGUGAACGGCGGAAUGGGCACGGCGAUGGGCACCAAGGCCGGGCCGGCCAGCGCCCCCGGCGGCCAGGCGAAGAGGCGGCGGAGGCAGGACAGCGGGGGCAGCGGGGACGGACAGGCCAACGGCGGGUCGCAGCUUAGCUCGGCGAACCGAAAGGGGCGGAGACCAAGGCAGGAGGAGCGGGUGUGCAAGAACUGUGGCACUCGCUCGACGCCUUUCUGGCGCAAGGACAAGCAUGACGGGCUGCCCCUUUGCAAUGCCUGCGGACUCUACCUGUCCAAGAACGAUGCUCCAAGACCAAAGGUUUUGUGGAAGAGCUCAGAUCCCUCGGCCGUGGUCGUCGAGCAGAGCAACGCGGCGUGCAUGUAG